AUGACGACCCUCAACCAGUUCGAUCUCCUCGGAGACGUCGACAACGACGACCCCUCGCAGCUGCUUGCUGCGGCGGCGGCCGCCGCGGCAAAGAAGGCCCAGGCGAACAAGACGGAGGCAGCGCCUGCUGGAAAGGCGGCCCAGACUGCGGCGUCGGCCAAGUUGACGACCAAAUCCGCUCCCCCGGCACAGGCUGGGAGGGAUGCGAGGAGCGGAGGCCCACCAUCACGUGGAGGAUUUGGCCGUGGUGAACCUGGCCGCGGCAGAGGCGGCGGCCGAUACGGCCAGAACCGUGACUUUGGCAGUGAGAACAGCAAUGGCUACCAGGGAGGUUAUGGUGGGGUAGGUUCUGGAGAUGGCGCUGUAGCUGGAGGCGGGGAUGGGGAGAGAGACCCUCGACCAUACCGUGGAGGCGGUGGUAGACGUGGUAGUUACCGCAACGGUGAGUUUGGUGACGACUCUGAGAGACCACCCAGGAGAAACUAUGAGCGCCACAGCGGGACUGGUCGUGGCCAAGGGAUGAAACGCGAUGGUGCAGGCCGUGGAAACUGGGGAUCUUCCACUGAUGAAGGUCUUGCACAGGAAACUGAUGAAGCUCUUAAAAUUGAGGACAAUGCUCCCAUCGCUGAGAAGCAGGGUGAGCAGGAUGAUGCUCCUCCAACAACAGUGGAGAACAAAGACCACAAGGAUGGUGCUGCAAAGGAGGAGGAAGAGAAUGAAGAGGAUAAGGAGAUGACUCUAGAGGAGUUUGAGAAAAUAAGGGAGGAACAGCGGAAAGCACUACUAGCAUUGAAGACUGAAGAAAGAAAGGUUGAAGUUGACAAGGACCUGCAGUCUCUGCAGCCACUGUCUACCAAGAAAGCCAAUGAUGAGGUUUUCAUUAAAUUGGGUUCUGACAAGGAGAAGAAGAAGGAAAGUACUGAGCGUGAUGAACGUGCCAAGAAGUCUCUUAGCAUCAACGAGUUCCUCAAGCCUGCCGAGGGAGAACGGUACUACGGCGGCCGUGGUCGUGGAAGGGGCCGCGGUGAGGGCCGUGGAGACCGCGGCGGUUUCAGGGGCGGGUUUGGAGGAGGAUACCAGCGCGGGCAAGCUGCCGCGCCAUCCAUCGAAGAUCGGUCACAGUUCCCGACCCUGGGCGGGAAGUGA